UCUGCAAUUGUUAUGCUAUGAGAGCGUGUGGUUUUUUGCUAUUCUCGUCUAACUGCGCAUUUCGAAUGGACGACUGAAAUCAUAUACUAAUUAUGAACAUGGAAAUUACUGACCGGCCUCAACCAAGGAGAGGAGGAUAAUGAAAGAAAAUCUGAGUCAAAGGUCGAGUCAAAGGUCAAUUGAUUCGCAUAUGCUGGUGUUUGUGCGUGCAUAGUGUAAAGAUGGAGAAAGGAGGGGCCAUUGUUCCGGAAUCUGUACUGAAGAAACAGAAGAGGAGUGAGGAAUGGGCAUUAGUGAAAAAGCUGGAGCUUGAGUCUGCUAAGAAGAAGAAGGCUGAUCAACGCAAGCUGAUCUACAACAAAGCCAAAGACUACACAAAGGAGUACGAGCAACAGGAAAGGGAGCUGAUUCAAUUGAAGCGUGAGGCGAGGUUGAAAGGUGGAUUUUAUGUCAACCCUGAGCCUAAGCUGAUGUUUCUCAUUCGAAUCCGUGGUAUCAAUGCCAUGCAUCCACAGACAAAGAAGAUUUUGCAACUUCUGCGUCUACGACAGAUUUUUAAUGGCGUGUUCCUAAAAGUUAACAAGGCAACAUUGAAUAUGUUGCACAGAGUUGAGCCUUAUGUGACUUAUGGAUACCCCAACCUGAAGAGCGUGAAAGAACUGAUAUACAAGAGGGGCUAUGGCAAGGUCAACAAGCAGAGGAUUGCUUUGACAGACAAUUCAAUCAUCGAACAGGUUCUUGGCAAACAUGGAAUUAUCUGCAUGGAAGAUCUUAUUCAUGAGAUCAUGACUGUUGGACCCCAUUUUAAGGAGGCCAACAACUUCCUCUGGCCAUUCCAACUGAAGGCACCAUUGGGUGGUCUGAAGAAGAAGAGAAAUCACUACGUUGAAGGAGGAGAUGCUGGAAACCGUGAGGAUUAUAUCAACGAGCUUAUCAGGAGAAUGAACUAGAUUUUGUUGACUUUAUAGUUUUGAAGAAUUUCAAGUUCUUUUUUAUUUUUCGUAUCACAGCUUGGAGGAAUCUUCGAUUAGCAUUUCUUACUCAAGUUUUGAAAUUUCUUUGUCCUGACUCAAGAUUGAGCAUUAUUUUUGUUUUAAGAGUUUGUACGAACAUAUACAUUUUAUGUCAGACUUAGCCAUGCACCGUAUCAAUUUAAUGAUGCUUUUAUUCUUGAUGGUAAA